CCAACCCUCCCCUCUCUCUCUCAAACAUAUUCAUAUGUAUUUUCAUUCCCUAAUUCACAUCACACCCACACACAUAUAUAAUAGCCGUCUAGAAUUGGCACUAUAUAUAGUCUAGGAUUAUCAUCUUUCAUUCAUGCCAUUUCUUGGGUCAGUACUAUAGCAUGCAAUUUAAUAUCCUUCCGUUGUUAUAUUUGUCCAUCCAUUUUUGUAUAAAAACCCACCACUUAUAAUAGCGUAAAUGAUUUCAUGUUUGGAUUAUAAUUUUCAGAAGUUAAUAGUUAUAAGUUUUACAUUCCAAACAUGAUUUUUCUAUUUUUAACGUGUUUCCAAACAUAUCAUUAGUAUUUUUGUGAUCAUCGAUCAUAAUCAAGAAUAGCCAUCAAUAUCCCAUAUCAUCAUAUUCAUUAUCAUAUAUAAGAUAAUACACCAUGCAUUCAAGAAAUAAUUGGGGAGGGUCCUUUGAGAUGAGCUCAAGUGGUGAAGAGGUUUCAGGGUACGAGGCUAAUAACAACCACAACAAAGAGUGGGAUAGGGCAGCACUACUUGAGAGGUACCAUCCACAAAGCCAAGAUUUGGAUGAAACUCUACAAAGCUGGGUUUUGGGGAGGGGUGAGAAGAGUAAGAAGACCAAGUAUGUGGACUUUGGGUGCAUAAUGAUCAGCCACAAGGCAUUGAAGUGGCUUUUUGGUUCCAUUUUCUUGGCUUUCAUUGUCAUUGGUCUCCCCAUCAUCAUCGUCAAGUCCUUGCCCAAGCACCAUUCUCCACCUACACCACCGGAUAAUUACACCCUUGCCCUCCACAAAGCACUCCUCUUCUUCAAUGCUCAAAAAUCUGGGAGAUUGCCUAAGAGCAAUGGCAUUCCAUGGAGAGGGAACUCAGGGUUAAAUGAUGGAAACGACACUACUGAUGUGAAAGGAGGCUUGGUUGGAGGUUACUAUGAUGCUGGGGACAACACAAAGUUUCACUUUCCCAUGGCUUUUGCCAUGACAAUGUUAAGCUGGAGUGUGCUUGAGUAUAAGCAAAAGUAUAUGGCUAUUAAUGAGUAUGCACAUACUCGAGAACUCAUCAAGUGGGGUACUGAUUACUUGCUCUUGACCUUCAACAAUUCUGCCACCAAAAUUGACAAAAUUUAUGGCCAGGUUGGCGGGAGUCUAAAUGGUUCCACCACACCAGAUGAUCACUACUGUUGGCAAAGGCCAGAAGACAUGGAGUAUCAACGUCGCACCAUAUCCAUACAUCAAGGUGCUGAUCUUGCAGGGGAAAUGGCUGCAGCAUUAGCAUCAGCCUCUAUAGUUUUCCAAGAUGAUGUUGCCUACUCCAAAAAACUCAUCAAGGGUGCUCAAACCGUGUUCAACUUCGCGAGAGAUAGCGGUAAGAGGAAGCCGUAUAGUCGCGGGGAGCCUUACAUUGAACCCUUCUAUAACUCCUCUGGCUACUAUGAUGAGUACAUGUGGGGUGCUGCUUGGUUGUACUAUGCCACUGGAAAUAGUACUUACAUUUCCUUGGCCACCAAUCCAUCCAUAUUCAAGAAUUCCAAGGCAUAUUUCUUGACUCCUGAUUUUAGUGUUUUGAGCUGGGAUAACAAGUUACCGGCUGCGAUGUUGUUGCUGACACGGUUCAGAAUGUUUUUGAAUCCGGGAUACCCGUAUGAGGACAUGCUGAAGAUGUACCACAAUGUCACUAGUCUUACCAUGUGCUCUUAUCUUCAUCAUUACAAAGUCUUUAACAGGACCAGAGGGGGAUUAAUCCAAUUGAACCAUGGACAACCUCAGUCUCUCCAAUAUGCAGCUAAUGCUGCUUUCAUGGCAUCACUUUUUGCUGAUUAUAUGCUAGAGAUUGAUGUCCCUGGAUGGCAAUGCGGUUCUACUUAUUUCCCAAUAUCAGCUCUGAAGGCAUUCGCAACCUCUCAGAUUGAGUACAUCUUGGGUAAAAAUCCCAUGAAAAUGAGCUACAUAGUGGGGUUUGGAAACAAAUUUCCUAAGCAUGUUCAUCAUCGAGGAGCAUCCAUACCAAAUGAUCACAAACAUCGCUCAUGCACCGGGGGUUGGAAGUGGCGUGACACUCCUAACCCGAAUCCUAACACGAUCACAGGAGCAAUGGUUGGAGGACCAGACCGUUUUGACCAAUUCCGUGACUCGAGAAAGAAUUACAACUUCACUGAGCCAACCCUAGCCGGAAAUGCAGGACUAGUUGCUGCAUUAAUUUCCUUAACAAGUACCACAGGCAGUGGCAUUGACAGGAACACCAUUUUCUCAGCCAUUCCACCACUUGGGCCACAAAAUCCUCCUCCACCACCACCUUGGAAACCAAUCAAAACAUAAAAUUACUUCAAACCAACCAAAGCCUCUCUGUAUUGAAUUCUUAUUUUGCUAUAGUGGUCUUGACACUUUCAAAUUUCAAUUUACUACUCAUGCAUGUAUGUUUAUAAAUGACUGAGUCACUUGUAUCCUCUUAAAUAUUAUGUUCUAUUAGUAUUAUUAUAA